AUGCCCAAUGCGAUUACAGUGGAGAAAUUUGGCGUAGGCAUGCGAUUGGAUUAUAGAUCCACACAACAAGAAGUGAGUGCACUCAUUGCCACAGUGGUCGAGGAUGCAUUGGGCCAGUUUCAAAGAAACACAGACAAGUUCAAGGCACUGACACAGAUCAAGAGCAAACAUGGUGCUCUUCGUGGAGCAGAUGUAGUGGAAGAGGAGGCCUUGUUUACGCAUGAAAACGGUACGCUAAAUUAUCGAUUAGACGCAAAAGCCAGAGUGAGCUGGAUCAAGGUACAUCACUUGAACAUGCACGCUGUAGUAUUGUCAAUCACGGUGCUGCUCGCGUAUACCGUCUACCGUUUAGCCAAACUGUCAAGCCAAUGGAUCAGUACCAGCAGCAGCAAGGCCAAGUUGAACGUUGCGUGGUAUCUGUACUUGUGGAAUAAAAUUAUGCACAGAAACGUGUGGAAACUAUCCUAUACAGCGUAUCAAUGCAUCAUUGGCUGCAAAAUGUUUUUUGGGUGA